AUGUCGGCAUCCAGCGGCCCUAUCAGAUGGAACAACGACAUCCCCCUCUUGACGAAGUCUUACAUACCAAUGAUGGCACCUGCACCGAAAAACUUCUACAUCUUCGGCAGCGGCAUCUCCUUCAGUAUCUCGCCCACUAUCCACCACGCCGGAUUCUCUCACCACAAUCUCCCGCACACAUACCAGAUCCGCGAGUCAAAGUCCAUCGAUGAUGUGGCCACUUUAAUCGCCGACAAUACCUUUGGCGGUGCUAGCGUGACGAUGCCACACAAACUCCACGUGCACCGAUUCUGCGAUACCCAGACCGAGACGGCACGGCUAAUCGGCGCGAUCAACACGCUUAUCGUCACGGAUACUGGCGCGCAGCGACUCAUUACCGGCGAUAACACGGAUUGGUCUGGUCUGCAUACUCUGAUUGUGGAGUACACUUCGAGAACACAGCACCAGCUGCAAACCGGUCUGGUCAUCGGGGCUGGUGGCGCAUCCCGCGCGGCGCUCUUCGCGCUUCACAAAGCCGGCGUGCGGCGUAUCUACCUUGUCAACCGGACGCUUGCGGUCGCGGAAGAAGUCAGAAGUCAUUUCUCGGGGCUGUUCGAGGUGAUUGCCGUGCCUAGUCUGGGAGAGUUACCGCACACCCCUGACGUGAUUGUGGGCACUGUUCCGGCAGAGACGACGACUGAGGAGCAGUUCGCUUGUCUGUUCGGAGAUAGGGGGCUUUGCAUUGAUAUGUCGUAUAAGCCGAGGCAGACGCCGCUGCUCACGGUGGCUCAGCGGCAUGAGGGGUGGGCUACUGUAACUGGGGUCGAGGUGCUCCUGGCGCAGGCGUUUGAUCAAUUCCGGCUGUGGACGGGGCUGGAGCCGCCGAGGGAGAAAAUGGUUGAGGCUGUGAUGGCGAGAGAGGGGCGUGUUGAGAAGUCUCCCCUUGGUAUGCUUUGA